CCCACAGCGCCCAGCCAAUCAGCGCGGAGCGCGGGCGAGGCGGCGCCGGGUUUUCUCCCGCGCAAAGGCGAAGCUUCGCUCAGAGGCGUCGAGGCGUCGAGGCUGCGGGGCCGCCCAAGAAACUAAAGAUGGUGCCUGGUGGAAAAAAGCUUUCUGGGAAAUCUGGGAAGCCAUCAUUGGUGGAUCAGCCUAAAGCCUUUGACUUUGAGAAAGAAGAUAAAGAUCUGACUGGUUCUGAGGAGGAUGUUGCUGAUGAAAAGAUUCCAGUAAUUGAAAAACAUGGAAAGAAAAGAGCUGGAGGAAUAGUUGAAGAUGUGGGAGGUGAAGUACAGAAUAUGCUGGAAAAAUUUGGAGCUGACAUCAACAAAGCUCUUCUUGCCAAAAGAAAAAGAAUAGAAAUGUACACUAAAGCUUCUUUCAAAGCCAGUAACCAGAAAAUCGAGCAAAUUUGGAAAACACAACAAGAGGAAAUACAAAAGCUUAACAGUGAAUAUUCUCAGCAAUUUUUGAGUGUGUUGCAGCAGUGGGAACUGGAUAUGCAGAAAUUUGAGGAACAAGGAGAAAAACUAACUAAUCUUUUUCGUCAACAACAGAAGCUUUUUCAGCAGUCUAGAAUUGUUCAGAGCCAGAGACUGAAAACAAUCAAACAGCUACAUGAGCAGUUCAUAAAGAGUUUGGAGGAUGUGGAGAAAAAUAAUGAUAAUCUAUUUACUGGCACACAAAGUGAACUUAAAAAAGAAAUGGCUAUGUUGCAAAAAAAAGUUAUGAUGGAGACUCAGCAGCAAGAGAUGGCAAAUGUUCGAAAGUCUCUUCAGUCCAUGUUAUUCUGAUGAGUCUUUGAAGAAAGAACUUGAACCUAUGUAAUAUGAUACAAUUAAAACAUUAGCUAUGACAUGCCUUUAGAAAUUAUAUAAACUAUAACAUCCGUAAUCAUUAGCUUGUUUAAGUGGAAGACUUUUGUUCCUGUUAACUUCUAAAUAAACCUAAACAGCUGUGUAAGUAGCAGUUAUUUCAAUGUCCACUACUGUCACAAUAAAAAUGAUUUAAAUUUAA